CGCUGCGAGCUAAUGAGUCUGAGUAGCUGUGGACAAAAUAAUGUUUAUAAGUUUGAAAAAAGUACAUGAAAAUUGAGCUGGCUUGGUCAGGACAGAGCAUGCGCAGUGACCAUUCUACUCUUGUCUUGAAUGAAGAUGAAUGCUGAUGAGGAAUAAACCUGCUGUUACCACACACCCGACCAGCUCUGGUGACUUCAUCUCACGAAGGUCACAGAUAGGAAGUAGAUCGACGUACCAGUAAAAGACUGCAGCUGUAAUCCCAUAAGAGGCUUUGCUUUUCACUCUGCUGAAGUUGGAUGCUGUUGGCACGGUGCGAUAAACACGCUUUGUCACAGCAGCUCAGGAUAAGAUGACAACAACUGGACAACAGACAUUUCGUACAAAGAUGCUGAUGAGGUCACCACACUGUCGAUGAAAGGUGUCAUCAUGCAGUCCAUCUGCAAACGAAGACCAUGAGGUGCAUCUGAAAGCUGGAGAAAAGGCUAAUAAAAAAUAGGUCUUACUACGUCCUCUGAGCAGCGCCACUUCUUCAGGGCAGACUGGGCGCUACAGUGACUCGGUAUCGGAAAUUGACGAGACGGCCCCACCGGGCUGGGGCUAGCUGGUUAGCAUGCUAACUUCCACAGUGGAGACAGCUGUUGAGCAUCCACCCCGCCGCCGUCACCGUCGUCACCCUCACCUGGGCAUCAUGCGGGAGCUACUGGAGAGCAGCUGGAUGAGGUUUGGACCAGCAGGCAGGGGGUCGUACGACUGGGUGACAGGAUCACCUUCAACACCGGAGAAGCAGGGUCACAACUGGAAUGAGCUGGACCUGGGAGAGGACAGAAAGUCAGAGCUGGUGGUUUACGUGGUCCUCCCGGUCGUCUCCGUCCUCCUGCUGGCUCUCCUGGUCGGUCUGGUCUACCGCCGGUGGUCCCGCAGCAAGCUGAGCCUGGCCAACAUCAUCGCCCUGGACCUCGACGACACUGAGAGCAGCGCCGAGUUCCUCUGCUCCCUCACCAGGAACGCAGAGCGCCACACCAGCACCAGCUCCGAUGGAUCGGACGGAGUCUUUGUCAUGGUCUACCUGCCUCCACCUUACGAAGAAACCCUCACCAAGAUCACGCGGGCCGCCAGCCUCUCCAGCUCCAAGGACGUGGAGUCGAUAAAGAUAGAGGACCUGGAGGCCAAGCUGUGUCCAGAGCUCAAGUCCAGCGGCCAGUAUGUGUGAUAAGGGGCUAAUGCUGCAGCAUGAAAAGACAUUAUAACUCCAAUAUUUGGUGUUUUUAACUAACUUUGUUGUCUGUAAAUUAUAAUUAUUUAAUUAUCACUCAACUUGACAGCUCUGUAGAGCUCAUAGCUUCAGUUUUACGGUACAUUUAACUCUAUGGUUCAGCACCAAACAGCCAACAGACGCAGUCAGGGAUAUCAGCUGGCGAACAUAGUGGAGCAUCCAGCAGCUAAAAGACAGUGAAUGUUGGACUUACACUCAGCUGGUGGACACAAACCUGACUCACAAUGGGAUGAUAAUGUUGAUGUGCAUCCGUUGAAUGUGUAAACAGGCUUCUGUCCGUUUGGUGUCAGCUUGUUUCGGAGUUAUUCUGCCCUCUAGUGUCCAAAAAUCAAUAAAAGCAGUUUUAAAGGAG